CUCCACGCACUAACCUGCGGCUUGUGAAUUUUCCUACUUACGAGCACCGUUCUUCCGCUCUUCCCACUUCAGUUCAUGAGUUCGACGAUAUAGAUAAGCUACCUUCGCACAUAUUCAACACGUUAUAAUCCUCCUCCGAGUCCAGCUAUGUCAUCCAAGCAUGAUCCUCGUUCGCAGCAGAGCAGUAGACUUCUUGUCAUUGGUACAGUGCUCUUCUACCUUGUAGCAGCACUAUGCAUGGUCAUGGCGAAUAAAUGGGUUCUCCAAACGACCAAGGCCCCGCUCUUCUUUCUCUUUUCCCAGCUCGUCAUUGCCGUCAUUCUUUUCAUCAUCGCACAUGCAACUCGCCUCUUAGUUGUGCCUUUGUACGUGGACACCCAGCUUCUGAUACAGCUAGCCCCCACAAUCGGGUUGAAUGUCGUGGGGUUGAGUUUUAGCAACUAUACCCUCAAGAAUGUUGACGCAUCUGUCUACCAGGUUGCACGUGGCCUCGUCCUCCCCUUCACCGUCCUUACAUCCUACUACUUCCUCUCCGCGCGCCCGUCCCUCCGCAUCCUCUUUAGCUGUUCCAUCGUUACCCUCGGUUUCUUGGUCGGCGUCUUUCUUGAUUCUGUCCCCAUGGUUAUCGCCGGUGUUGGCUACGGUGUUGCGAGUUCCGCAAUCACAGCAGUGCACAGUGUAGUCAUCAAAAAGAGUCUGGAUAUAGUCAAGGGUAGCGCCAUGAACCUAUCUUGGUAUACGAAUUUGCUUAGCGCGAUUGUGAUGAUCCCCAUCAUCAUAUUCGCUGGCGAGGUUCCGGCGAUUACGGAUUUGUUUUUCGGACCUGUAGGUGUUGUCCCUAAGGAAGGAGAACUGAGCGAUUUCCAGACGUUCAUUUGGGGGUCCUUUAUUACGGGUGCGCUUGGCUUUAUGAUGAGCCUUGCAAGUUUGCUGUCCAUCAAGGUUACUUCACCCAUCACCCACAUGGUGUCGUCCGCAGUAAGAGGCGUAGCAGCUUCCUUAUUAGCAAUGUGGUUAUUUGGGGACAUCAUCUCGAGUGGCCGUGCCUCUUCCAUCGCGAUCAUCCUUCUAGGUUCCAUGUAUUACACAUGGGUGAAACACGUCGAGUCUCAGCAGGUUCCCAAAGAUGGGGAAAAGUACGGCCGUGUUCCGUUGGAAGAUGUAGAGGCUGGAAGCUCAAAACCUGAGUAAGAGUGCCUGAGGACGGGGCGAGGCCAUAGAGCAUGGAUUACUCGGGCACUAAGCGCAUGCAUGGACGCUUACAAAAUUGCACCUUGCUUCAGGACUGGACAUCUGAUUACGAAUCGUGAUACCCCGAGUUU